CAUGUUUGGUUCUCUGAGCUCCACCAUCCUGUCUCUGAUGAUCGGCUCCUACGCCUCCUCUGCUGUCACCUUCCCUGGAGUCAAGCUCAUCUACGAUGCAGGUGUGUCCUUCAGCGUGAUCAUGUGGGUUUGGGCAGGCCUUGCCGGGUUCGUCUUCUUCAACUGUUUCCUCAACUGGCCCACUGAAGGCUUCCCAACCCCCGACGAGGUAGACUACAGUAAGAUCCUCACACUGCAAGAGACGCCUUCAUCUGACCAGAAGAUUGUCGCAGAGAGACUCAGCGAGAAAAAUGGAGAUAUCCGACACUCCACAGAGAAACUCCCUAAUGGAACUGACUUUGAUUCUGCACCCAGUAA